AUAACAUUCGAUACCAUAACAUUACAUCAAUUGAACAUUAUAUUUAUGAGGAAGUGGACUUUCUAACCAGUGUGACACUCAUAGUCCAGUGGUCGAAAUUCCAAUGAACAUUACUCUUCCAUCAGGCUCUCGCGCAACAAAUUGAGCAGAACUAUCAGAUAGGUCCUACAAAGUCAGAAUUGUCGGAAAAGAUCUACUUGGCAGCCCAAUUAGGUGAACAUCAAUCAGGAGAAUAGGUUGGGCUGAUGAGUGGAACUUUGGAGAUGUAUGAAGUGUGAUGAGUGCACACUCAUCGGCAGUGGUAUCAAUGAAUAAGCUCUUGAUCACAUGACUUUCCGGUGUUCUAUCAAGCUGAGCUAAACAUCAAAUUUGGGCAUAAAUAUAAUCUAUUGAUAGUAAUAUUAAGUAUUCAUAAAGGUGAACAUUUUUUGAUUCUGUAUUAAUGAAUGCGUCGACCAAAUAUUUUUAACAACCUGAAAGACAUUAAUUAGCCAAAAUUUGAUAUCUAGAAUCAAAAUUAUACAUAGAACCUUCUGUGAAACCCAGAAAGAAAACAUUAGAAACAUCAAAGAUGAACAGAAACUUCAAGAAUCAGAAUAAAAGUAGCAAUAUUUAAAAUCUUAAGCUACUCGUCAUCUAUCGAAGUUGGAAAUCAAGUAAGUAAUCAGGGGAAGAGCUAGAAGAGCUAGUCUAGUUUUACCCAAUAAACCCUGUGAAAUUCAGACAAGACUUCUACUUUGAGAUGAGUGGUAGUCAACGAACUAAGUUUCUUUGAAGCUACACUCCAACUAAUUAGUCUCCGCGGUCUGUUAACAGCUAUUACUAUACUUCAACUCAACACCACAACUUCUGUAAAACUCACAAAAUUAAACUAACAUUGUAUUGAAACUACACAGAAAAUCUAUUAUACUAAACGAUAAGUGCGUCGACCUAAUACUUGUCGUUGGAGCACUGUUACCUGUCUACUGUGAAAUUACACUGAAAACCUAUAAAACCUGUGAAGUUAAAUUCGAAUUCUGAAUGUGCAUUAAACUGUAUACUUGAAACAAGAACUUCUGUGAAACUCAGAAAAUUAGUUAUAAGUACAUUUAAGAAGUUUCACUGUUUAACCGGUGAAGUUAGAAUUAAGUAACCAAGUAUUCGAUAAAAAGAUACUUAAAUACAACCAUGCUUAACGUUUUUCUGACGUAAACGUUACGUGUAACAUCAUAUGGUACUCUGAUAAAAUAUUCUAUUAAUUCAAUGGCGUAUUAAUUAAUAGAAUAUUAUAAAAAGGGUUAGUCUUACGUCUACGAAAUCGGAAGUUGUGGGGGUCAAGUGCUAGGGAGUGAAAAUGCUAGUGCCAUCGACCAGUCGACGACAUACUCCUGUCGACGAGCAGCUGUUGUUCGAGCGACUGUGGUUGCGGGCUACUCAGCGGCCCCCGCCCCGUCGCCAACGCAACAUGCAGUGUUGCCACUGUUGCAGACUGCCCGCACUGCACAUCUGUCUGGUGCCUCCCCGAUGCUCCGCUGCUUCCCGCAUGCUCCGCUCUGUUGUCAGCGUGAAGGAGACGCACCAGAUAGCGGAGGCGCAGCAACAGAAGAACGCUAAGCUGCGCGAGGCAUUCGGCAUUUCGGAGUUCUUCGUGGAGGGCAGCAGCCUGGACCCGCACCGCCACGCCAAGGAGAAGGAGGCGGCUGCACGGGCGGCGGCAGCAGCUGAGCAGAAGGCGGCUGCCAACAUCAAAGCCAAUGCUAUAGAGUACAGACUGCUGCACACACCCAGUCCAGAGCCGGCGCCGCCCCCACCCACGCACUCCUCGCAGCGGGCCAAGAAAAAGCGCAAGGCCAAAACUAGAUCUUCCAGUCCCGAAGAGAAAAAGAAAAAGAAGAAAAAAUCCAAACGACAUAAGAAAGACAGGUCCGUAUCACCUCACCUGUCAAGCGCGAGGAAGAAAUCCUCUUCAAAAGACAAAGACAAGAAGAAGAAAAAGAGCAAGAAGAAGGUGCAGUCAUCGUCAUCUUCUGAAUCAUCAAGCUCCGAAUCAUCAUAUGCGUCAAGUGAUGCCAGUAGUGAUAACGAGAAGAAGCGCUCAGUAAAGAAAAAGAUGACUGCUGUUUCGUCCACCAGUAAGAACGCCCAGAAGUCGCAUAAAAGUGGAAGUAGACGUCGACGAUCGGAAUCGGCCAGUUCUGAAGAUAGUGUGUUGCAUUCUGGGAAAGGAACUGAUAGGUCUGCAAGUAGUAAGAAAAAGAAAGACUCUUCUACUACAAAAAGGAAUAGUGUUGAAAGGAAGAGAAAGCACUCUAGUCCGGUGAGAGAGAAACAUGACAAGGACAAAGAUAGACGUAAACAUGGUUCUCCUUUGCCGACUAGUAGUAGCAGCAAGAGAAGGAAGUUGUCAGAGGCAAAGCAUGAUCGCAGCAGUGUGAGUCCCGCGUCACCAGUGAUCGCCAAACUCAACGCUAGAGACAAGAGGAGAACUUCGGCCAGCAGUAGUCCGUCACCGAAACGAGUCGACAAUUCGAGUAGUAGGAAUCGAGACGAGAAGAAGAAGAAGAGGUAUUCCAUCUCACCACCUGCCAAGAAGCCUGAGGAGAAGACCUCCACCAGGAAACGGUCCGAUAAGAAUUCAUCACCAGUUGGGAAGAAGGUGCAGAGACGGCUGUCACGAUCGGACUCUUGUGAGAAGAAGGAGGCUAGCCGCGCCAAGUCGAGGAGUCGUAGCUCGUCUUACUCUCAGCGCAAACGUCAGGCGAGUCGAUCGAGAACGCCCGUCGUCAACGACAAGAAGAACGGUCGUGACAAAAUAGAGAAAACACCCAGGCGGUACCAGGCAAGAUCACCAAGUCCCGCCAGAAGAGAUCGCCGUCCGCAGGAGAGGAAGCACGAUAGAAGUGAAAGCAAAUCCAACUCACGAUCGAGGAAAACCCGCAAUCGAUCGGUUUCACCUGUCGCCAAGAAGAGAAAACGGUCCAGAAGCAGUUCCUAUCGAAGGAAGUAUUCUCGUUCGCCAGCGGAACGAAAUACUAGAAAAGACAGCGUGUCGCCAAAGAAAAAGUCCAAGUCACCGAUGAGGAGAAGCAAUCGAAGUCAUAGCCGAUCCUCAUCACGAAGCAAGUCUCAGAGAAAACCUGACAAACUGAGCAAAUCGAAACGUAGUGGCUCAAAUACAUCGAGUCUGAGCUACUCGCCGGCUGAACGCAAUCCGGAGCGAUACAAGGAUUUGAAAGAUGUCGUCCAGAAACCCGUGGUGAGGUUGAGGGCGUCCAGCAGUGAGGAAGGCGGUGAAGAAGAGGGUGCGAAAGAUAGGGUGAAGGAUAGAGAGGAAGAGGAGGAGAAUAACGAGAAGGAAAAAGAGAUGAAGACGUUGAGGUUGUUGCAGAGCGGUCUGGCAGCCAAGGCGAAGGAAAGUAUUGAGAAGUAUCUGCCCAAAGUUCAGCCAGCGAUUGUGGAAAGUGUGGAAGAGGUUUCCACUCCAACCAAGAUUACAUCUCCGGCGGUUGAAGUAGUGGAGAAAGCAGUGGAUACGCCUCCGGAAUCGCCGGCUUCGGUGCCAGUCGGCUCGCCGCCUGCUCCCAGAACGCCACCAAUGCCGCCGACCAAUGGCAGUCCCAGUCGCGCGUCGCUGUCGCCGCCCGUCGACAAGGCGGCUCUGUCGCCGCUGGACAGACGCGCGUUGGCGUCGCCGACUGUGCGACGCAAGGCCAAGCACCAUCGCCACAGUCGUCGGUCGUCCGCCUCAUCGGACUCGUCGCAGUCGCAGAGACGUUUCCGAUCAUCUUCCCGAAGUUCGUCUCGUGAAAGCGGCAAGAGUUCGUCAUCGUCUGCCUCUUCGGGUUCGUCGACCAGCAAUGCGAGCAGCAAGAAGAGGCCGUACAGUGGAGGCGGGAGUGGAGGCAGUGCCGGAGGCGUGAGUGGAGGCGGAGGCGCCAUCAAAAGCCGAUCGCCGCCUUCGAUGUCGCGAUCGCGGUCGCGCGACUCGGCCAGUCCGUCUGCGCGAUCCGAUUCGAGACUCAAGUCGCGCAGCAGGAGUGCGUCAAGAUCGCGGUCACGCUCGCGGUCGCGGUCAGCGGUGAGCGGUCAGAGCAGCGCGACUGGCGCGUCGCGAUCCUCCAAGUCGCCAUCGGCGUCCAGUCACUCGUCACGGUCAAGGUCGCCCUCCAUUCCCAGGCGACGCGGCUCGCCUAGCUUCCUUGACCGACGCCGUAUCACCAGCGCGCGCAAGCGUCCAAUCCCCUACCACAGGCCGACUCCUCCGACUCCCUCCUCGCUGAGCAGCUGGAGCAGUGAGGAGAACCUCUCGCCCAGGAGCAGUUGGUCUGCGGGCACCCGUUCUCCCGCUAGUCUACCUUAUAGUCAUUAGUCAACCUAAUUACCCACUUAACAGUCCCUCUCUUCCUUCUCAUCAAUUUUAACUGUGAAUUAUUCAUCCAGUUUGAAAACUGUAUUUAUUCACUGAUGAAAUGCUGAUCAAAGUAUUUCUUUAAUAGUUAAUCUCCUAUCACCUUUAUUGAAUUUUAAAAAUUCUUUGUUUCUGAUAAUGAAAAGAAGAGAAAUUUACUACUCUCAUUCUCGGGUUGACUUGAUCGUCAUUCUCCUCCAAAACUAACUUUGACCUCUUCUUAUUUCAUUUUCUUUUGAAAUCGAGUUGGUUGAGAUCGAGGUCGUGAAACUUGUAUGUAAUUUUGCAAUAAAUACGGGCUGGCUAUUUCUAGACAACAUUAUCCCAGUGUUAGGUGGCAACACUGGGAUGUUGUCUAGAAAUAACAUGAAUUUAUUGCAAAAUUACAUACAUGUUAGGUCGU